AUGCAAGGCGAUGAUCGAACUAAAUGGCGUCUCGACAAAUUUAAAAUGUUUGAAGGCGGAAGUUGGUGGCAACCACCCCCACAUGCUUUAUUUGAAUUAGGAAUGCCUCCACAACUUUAUAACACCGCCUAUGUACCAAAAAGACGUCGUUCUAAUGACAAAAAACAAGCUAAUAAUGUACAUAAACGAUCAUCAUCAACAGAAAAGAAAAUAGGAGAGGAAAAAGAAGAAACUGAUGAAAGUAAGGAACGUGUAGAACGAAGGAAAAAAGCUUUAAAAAAUAUUGCCGAAAAAGAAGAACAGCGAAAACGACUCAAAGGUGUGUUGAAUGAUCAAUCACGAGAAGAAUUAGAGAAUCUACUUAGGAAUUUGACACCAGAAAAGAUUGCUAUUGGUGAUGCGAUGGUAUGGUGUUUAGAUCAUGCAGAAUGUUCAAAGGAAAUUACACAAUGCAUUUUCGAGUCAUUGUGCAUAAAAGAAACACCGCUACAUAGAAAGAUUGCUCGAAUUUACCUAGUAUCGGAUAUUUUAGCAAAUUGUGCGGUUCGAGUGAAAGAUGCAUUUUAUUAUCGUCAACAUUUUGGUGACUAUUUGUUAAAAAUUUUCUCUGAACUCAAUGAAGCACUUGAUUCAAUCGAAAGUCGGUUGAAAGCUGAACAGGUUUUUAAAAAAUAUUUUGGAGUAUAA